UGGGGGCGUGGCCCUGAGCAGCUUGCAGCCACGUGCGCUCUGUUUAAGGUGGUUGUAUCGCAAUGGCUCGUAGAAACCCAGUCGUUGAAGCUUUUCAGUUUGACCCAGAAUCGGAUCCGGAUAGCGAAGCACCUGAAGAAGUUGAUACUCAGCGGCUACAGCAGGACGUCUCUGAAUGGUGCCGUUGUGGAAAAUGUGCGACCAUGCCCACAGAAGUGGAGAAUAUUUGCUGCAUGAAGAUACCGCAGGUUACUAGAAGACUACGGGAGGUCGAACAACAGCAGACGUGUAUGGUUGACCAUCCUGGAUUGGAGCCUGUCUGCCUAAAUGUUUACUCUAUUCAGAAUGCCAGACAAAUAUAUAGAGCUGACUAUGGUCCCCUAAAUUUGAGAAGAAUACACAAUCGCUACAGGUAUCCCUCCUAUCGUUCCUUUGUGAGCUGGUGCUGGGGCCUCCUGGGACGCAGUAUCCGGGUUGUCCUUCCAGCUUGUGUGGUUCUGCGUAUCCGCUCUGAGUUUCCCGCUGAGGAAGGCCACAAUGUCGGUUUUAAACGUCCCCCUGUUUGAACCUUGACACAAGGCUGCUGAUGAGCGCCUCCUUGUCAGGCUUCUCAUACUGUGCCGUUAGGGGCUCUGGAACAGGGCCCUCAUACUGUGCUUUUAGGGGCUCUGGAACAGGGCUCUCAUACUGUGCUGUUAGGGGCUCUGGAACAGGGCUCUCCAACAGGGCCUCGGUGUAUGGCGUAGGGUUAGGAAAGACUUCCUCAAAAAUGACAUCCAUGAUGUCAUCAACGUAACCUGUAUCGUAAAACAUGUUUUCUUUUCAAAUUGGUUGGGUUUUGUGUUACUGUGUUUUUGUAUUUAAUUUAUUUUUCAUCAAGAGUAAUACAUUUUAGAAAUCCAAAGUAUGUGUUGUUUGAAUUGAUUUGAACCCUUAACAAAGGUCUGCUGUGUUUUUUUAGGUUUAGCUCUGCACUCUCCCUUCCUAGCCUUUGGAAAGGAGAUUUUGUAAAUCGGUACUCCUUCCUUUGUUUCGGCCUGUGGUCGGUCCACAUUGUGAUUUGAAUGCAUAGCAGCCAGGUAGAGUCUGGAAUUACAAGACAAAACAUGUUAAUAUUGACAGAUAUUUUAGUCUACAAUUCCAAAAAGUAUUGAGUAAACAAACUUUCUUUAACCUGCACAGCAUUCCAAUAAAGGGAAAGACAAAUUUUUUUGGGGCAGAACGAAGAAUAACCGCAUGGAAAGCCUCCAAAGAUGAAGUUUGGUUGUGGGGGCUCAGUUUUGCAACCUCCUUCAGCGCCCUUUGUUGGUCAGCAAGUUCUCCAACUUGGAGAAAGUUGGAGUUGCUGCAGACAAUAAGAAAAUAUGAUAUUAGAAAACCAUUACCCAUACAGUAAAGAAUACUACAACCAUGUCCUCUGGUAAAUUUCUGAAAGCCACUAAAUAACUGUGGUUGUCUGUUCACUGUUUUGACAUUUAGCAUGUAUAUUUGUGAAAUACCUGCUUGAAGCCAUUUACUCCGGUCACUUGUCUGGCGGAUCGCAUGCACGCUCUUGGGGUAAAGAGGAUCUUCAUGU